CAAUGGAGUUCGGAUUGUUACGGCAGGAAUCAAAAAUUUAUAUUCUUCUCAAUAAUUUUUGUGAAUACUCAAAUAUUUUGCGCUAAUCAUGAGUUUCAUACGAAGUGCCUCGUUCUGUCGCCAUCCGUUGUCAAUGAUACGUUCUUUCUCGUCUACAUCCAUUCGACCUAGCGGCGAAAUUCCUAAGAAUGUAAUCGAAAAUCUUGCUACGGCCCAGCACCAACCAGGAAACGGGCUCAUAUACGAUAAGAAACCUUUCAGAAUAGAAUUGGCUGAAGGCAAACGAUAUUCUUGGUGCUUAUGUGGAAGAUCUAAGACUCAACCACUGUGUGAUGGAACCCACAAGCUAGAGCAAUAUAAAAUCACUUUAAGACCGGUGCGAUUCCAGGUUGAGAAGACUGGCACAUAUUGGUUAUGUAACUGUAAGCACACGAAAAACCGACCGUUCUGUGAUGGUACUCAUAAGAAUGAAGACAUUCAAAAAACUACGGGCAAGAAUUGAAUGUUCUUGAACUGAUGUAGUGUACUAGCAUUUUUUGAAUAAAAUUCAGAUAGGCUCCUUAAUGUCGACCUAAGUGUUCCUCAUAUUGGGCCAAAACAUAAAUUUCG